GUGAUGACCUGGGAUGUGUUCACCGGCAUCUACAAGAACACCCUGCGUGGUCACAAGAUGGGCGUCCGAUGCAUGGCUUUCGCUACAUCCACGAAAGUUCUCGUCACCGGGGGCUACGACUACAACCUCUUUGUUUGGAACCCUUAUGUGGGCAAGUCGAUCCAUACGAUCCACGGCCACGGAGCUCCGGUGGUUGGCAUCGAAGUCCUUGGGGCGGCCUCAAACCAGGUCGUGUCAGCCGAUUCCGAAGGCUUCGUGAAGACCUGGGACCUGGGUACCUACCAGAUGAUUCAGUCCUUCUAUGUGGACGAAGUCACGAUUCUCCGUGCCUUCGUCUCCAUCCCAAGCUCUAGGCGCGUGAUCGUGGUCGAGCGCGAGUUCAUCGCUUUCGACUACGAGAAUACGGGGAUACCGGAUCAGACAGAGGAGGAGCCCUUGAUCAAGGUCUUCUACAACGAGCGUCUCAAGGUCUUCGUUUCGGGCACCAUCAGCGUCGUGAAGAUCUGGGAUGCUGUGACGGGCGCCAUCCAGGUGGUGAUACCGCACAAAGAUGCAGAGAUUACCGAUUUCUGCUUCGAUGACCGUGGACGAAAGCUCUUCGUUUCGGAUCACUUGGGUGACAUCCAU